UCUUGAUAGUUUGCAAUCAUAAAAUCAUGCUUGCAGGUUUAAGAAGUCAAAAAGAAGCAGGAGAUCUUCUUAGUACAUAUUUACUUCAAGGAUGGGUUAUGACAGAUGAGAUUUGUAAGAUUGAUGAUUGUUCAUUUCCUUUAAUGAGAUCAAAGGAUGGAUCACUUUCUUUUUGUACACAUCAUGAUGAACUUCCUGCUAAUGGUGCUAAUCAUCAUUAUGAAGUAAAGCAAAAGAAUAUUAAAAAUGAACAAGCACAAAAUUCAGAUCCCCUGAAAAAAGAAUCAACACAGGCAACAGUUGAUUUUACUGAAGAGGAGCUACGCCUUCGUCGUGAAAGAAGAGAUCAAUCAUCAAGAGCAUCUCAGCUUAUUGGACAAAAGAUGCUACAGAGAUGGACCUUACUGAAUGAUCAUUGUCCAAAUGAAUCUUGUUAUGCAAUUCCUUUAGUUCGUAAUCCAGAAACAAAUGAAAGAUACUGUGUGAUUUGUGAAAAUGUUAUUUUGACAGAACAAGAAAUAUUAAAAUAUAAAGAGCAAGAAGAAGAGAGAAAAAAGAAAUCCAAAGAAGUUAAAGUUCAAAAGCCUGUAGAGUCGCCUCCUGUGAUAAAGGAACACAAAAGACAAAAAUUAGAACCAGUCAAAGCUAGUUUUUCAUCCAAUCAUACUAUUUCCACCCUUUCAAUGAAAAUGAAUGAAUUAUCUGAAAGAGUGGCUUUAUGUCAUGAUCCUGUUGAGCUUGAGCAAUUAUUUAAAUCAAUCAAACAAUGUGCAAGCGCAAUAAAAGCUUGCAAUGAAAUAAGCAAAAUUUGUGAUCAAACCUUAUAAAUAAACAUUACUGUGAUGGUACAAAAAAAAGGCUGUUCGUUACUUAAUUUUGUUUAGGAAACUGAACUUAAAAAAAGAUUGCAGCUGUGAUCCUUCUUUUUUUUUUUUUUU